CUGAUUGCAGAACGCAGAACGAAAACACUCCGCCCCUGCUCACGCAACGACGACGAUGCGGGGAUUUAUCUCUCAAUGAUAAUUUUCCUCUUUGAAAGGUCGGAAGGCUGGCAUGAAAACUUGGCAUCGCAAUGAUGAAGCGUUAAAACAAGUUGUGCCGGGAAAAUGCCGGGCGCGGAGUACGGGGAGCUCGGGGGCAGCCUGCCCGCCAUCGCCUCGUUGAACGCGUCGUACUCGACGUCGCUGUCGCUGCCGUCCCCGUACCUGAUGCUGCCGCCCUCCGAGCGCAAGCUCAUCUCGGACGUGCGCCGCACCUUUUGCCUUUUCGUCACCUUUGACCUGCUCUUCAUCUCGCUGCUGUGGAUCAUCGAGCUGAACAUCGCCAGCACCAUCUUGGAAAGCUUGGAGAAGGAGAUCAUCCGCUACAACUUUAGGUCUUCCUUUUUUGACAUAUUUCUCCUGGCGGUGUUUCGCUUCCUGUGCCUGCAGGUGGGCUACGCUGCCUUCCGACUGAGGCACUGGUGGAUGAUCGCGGUCACCACCCUCAUCACCAGUGUCUUCCUCGUAGUAAAGGUCAUCCUUUCAAACCUUCUAUCCCAGAAUGCAUUUGGCUAUGUGCUGCCCAUCACCUCCUUUGUGGUGGCCUGGCUGGAGACCUGGUUCCUGGACUUCAAGGUUCUCCCGCAGGAGGCGGACGACGAGCGAGCUUACCUAGCAAUGGUGAACGCGGCCUGCGAGCGCGCCCCUCUUCUGUACCCUCGCGCCCUGUCUGAUGGACAAUUCUAUUCGCCGCCCGAAUCAGUCGCAGACUCCGAGGAAGAGCUUGACGAGGAGGGUCUCGGCCGGCGUGCCGUCACCACUCAGGAGAAAGAGUUUGUUCGACAAGGACGCGAGGCCAUGACUAUUGUGGAGCAGAUCCUCACCCAGGAGGAAAACUGGAAGUUUGAGAAGAACAACGACGCGGGCGACUCUGUCUACACGCUGGAGAUUCCAUUCCACGGCAAGACAUUCAUCCUUAAGGCCUUUGUGCAGUGUCCAGCUGAGCUGGUGUACCAGGAAGUCAUUCUUCAGCCAGAGAAGAUGGUCCUGUGGAACAGAACUGUGUCUGCCUGCCAGAUCCUGCAACGGGUGGACGACAACACACUGGUGACGUACGACGUCUCGGCGGGGGCAGCCGGAGGAGUGGUGUCCGCCCGGGAUUUUGUCAAUGUCCGACGGGUAGAGCGGAAACGAGACUGCUAUCUUUCUGCCGGCAUGGCCACCGAUCACGACGCCAAAGCACCCUGUGGACGUUAUGUCAGGGGAGAGAACGGUCCCGGUGGAUUUGUGGUCCUCAAAUCCAGCAGCAACCCGUCUGUGUGCACCUUUAUCUGGAUCCUUAACACGGACCUGAAGGGACGACUACCGCGCUACCUCAUCCACCAGAGUCUGGCCGCCACCAUGUUUGAGUUCAUGUCCCACUUACGCCAGCGCAUCGCUGAGUUGCGGCCAUCCUUGCGCUGCCACCGCCAGCACCACCCGUGCUAGGAUGACGGCAAAGAGGCCAAGGAAACAUGGCGCACGUGAGCACGCGUUGGCCACAACCGACGCGGCUGCUAAGACUGAACUUUUCUCUGAGCCUUAUCUUCUUCCGCUUCAUUUGGUCUGCUCGCUGACUGCAUCCGGUGCCUUGCCCGCUCAACAUACACUCUCUUCGUCACAUGAGGGAGACAGCACCAAAGCUGAUCUCCUUGCCUUCAGGUGCAAAAAAAGAUAUAUAUAUUUAGAAAAUGGCUGCCAAAUUAGGUCGCAAAUGUGUGGGAUCCGUCCAACUGGUGCCAGGCGGCUUACUUUUUUUGUUCGCCCCCACCCCCCGUUCCUGUUCAGUUUUUUGCGCGCCAUGUUAUGAAGACAUAGCCAUCUAAUUUUAUGUCGGUGAGUGAAACCUUAACAACUGU